UUUGGGAAACAUAGGAAGAGGCAGCAAAGGGAACAAACUUUUCUCUCUUGGCUGCUUCCUUUUGGACUUUUUCACAUUUCAUCAAAGACCUCAGUGUUGACAGAGCGGAAACAAGGGAGGAUAAUUUGUUUGCUUUACAAGUUAAAGAGUAAUUUCUCUGUUUUUGUGAUCAGCAGAGGUUAAUUUGUUUUGUUGUUCUUUGCAUUUUUAUCAAAUUAUUGCUUCACUGAGCUUUGAAGAAGGUGUAACCACCUGAAAUCCCUACAAACUCAGCUGCAGCUCUCUCUCUCACACACACAAAGACACACACACACACACACACACACACACACACACACACACACACACACACACACACACACACACAAAUAUACACGCACACCUGUUUUUGAGGAUUCCCUGGGAGCGCAGUCAUGGGCAUCUGCGUCACUGUUGCUUGAGGGAAUCUGUGCGUCAGUGAGGCUGUUAUCUGGUGGUGGUCCCGGUGAAUGUUACAGUAGAAGUUGACCUGCCAGUCCAGAGAAGAGGGGGGAGAUGUCAACCUACUACCCACGCACCAAGGACCUGACUCGCACCAGGAAGUCAGUGACAGAUUCACCACCGUCCUCUCCGUCCCCCACAGACAAAAACUACAGACAUGAAAGAUUGUCAAGAUAUGACUCCAGUGGGGAGAGUGUGACAGACAAACCAUUGGGCCGCACCAGCUCUUACACUCGGAGAGAGACAAGGCUGGCUGCUCUGAACAGACAGGAUCAAGACUCCACUACCAAAGACUAUAAGAAGAUGUAUGCAGAAGCUUUGCAUGAGAAUGAGAAGCUCAAGUCCAGGUUGCAGGACAGCAAACAGGAACUGGUCAAGAUACGUUCCCAGCUGGAGAAAGUCACUCAGAGGCACGACAGAAUAUCGGAGAGAUCUACAGUACUUGAAUCAGAGAAAAGGGAAAAACAAGCUCUUGAGAAAAGAGUGUCAAACAUGGAAGAUGAGUUAAAGGCUUUCCCUGCUCUGGCUCAGGUCCAGACCUUGCGGAGGGUGAACGAGUGUCUCCUGGCUGAGAACAGAGCCAUGCUGCGCGUCCUCACCCGCCUCUCUGAGACGGCCUCCAUGCCGGAGACAGAGGACCUCUGACACCACCUGUCCUCCUUUCUCCCCCUCCUCUCCCUUCCUCAGCCACAUAACUUCUACUCUCCCCUCUACUUCUGGUGCCUCUACAGCCCCCCUCGUCCUCUGCUGUUUUCCUCUCAGAUCUUAACAGAGCUCAAGUCAGACAACCAGAGGCUUAAGGAUGAGAAUGGGGCUCUCAUCAGAGUCAUCAGCAAACUGUCCAAAUGAAAAGAUGUCUGAAGCUCCUGUUCUGUGUCUGUGGAUGCUCCAACCCUGUUAUUUUGGCAGUUUAAAUAUCCACAAUGUCCCAAGUUGUGACUCCUCUGAGUUAGGUGAUGGCUGCUUUGCACAAAUAAAUUCCUGUUGGGACUUGUGACGAUCCAAAGAGAAGUGUUAAGGAGUUUCAGUCAAAUUUCACUGUGUGAUGAUCGAGUUACAAACAUUGUUUCUACGUGAUUAGUAAUCAUAAUUUUGUAAUAUCCAGUGAUGUACAUUAAUAAAAUAGGGACCAGCUGUACUGUUUGAUAACCUUAAAAAGCCCAGUUUGAACAAAUCCAGAGGUUUGCAUGAAGGUACUGUUUCUAAUAAUAUAACCACACAUCAUAUGGAGACAUCACGUUUGUUUGCUACAUCACGCACCGCAGAAAAGUAUAAUAAUGUUGUCUUGAUUGUGAAAAAAGAGCAAAGUCAAGGGCCCCAACGGCCAUUUUGGCAUGGAGAUAUACUGUAUUUUAAAAAAACUUUGUCAUUUCAAUCAGAAUAUAUGACCACACGGGUAAAAUAAGGCCCAGCCAAGCGACAAACAGGUGCUCUGGUUCCAGAAGCAAAAACUAGAUAUUAAUAUAAAUCCACCAAGGCAUCUGAGUAGCAACAACCAUUGAAGCCAGCUCAGUAGUUCUUCUAAUGGCAAGUAGAUGUUCCAGACCAAGAAUGUAUUGAAAUGAAGGAGAAAAUGCUUUUGAUGAUUUGUUUUAUACAAGAUCAUAUAUAAAACAAAUAAUUGUGAACAUUUUUACUCUAGUAUAAAGACAUUCAUGCUUAAUAAGACACAUUGUUUAGGUUUGUGUUUUAGAUCAGUUUCUAAUUCCAACUGGUUAGAUAAUUUUUUUGUGACAGUGAAAUCUCUUAUCAUUUCAAAAAUUCCAUUUUUGUUAACCUAGCGUAUGAUAAUGUCCCCACUGUAUUUGGUAUUUGAAGGGGGCUGUAUGCUAGCCCUGAAUAAUGGAUAUAAUGCACUUUGAGGCAUCACAGCACUGUAUUAUCUUCAGACUGGUUUCAGUUUCCAUGAUAACAUAAUUCAGUGUUUGCCAGAUUCUGUUCAUCAGUUCUAUGUGUGGUUUUAGUCGCCAUUCUUCAUUUUUUUACAGAGAAUUUUUUAUUCAAUGGCUCAGCUUCAAAACAGCAGAAUGGCUACACAGAGGAGACAGUCUGAGUGUGUGUGUAAAAGAAAGUGUCCUAUGUUCUGUAAUAGAGAUAUAUUUAUUUAUUGAUGCACUUUCUUAGUUCUAAUUUUCAUGCUUUGUUUACUCAAUUUUCUUUCAAAGAAAACACUAAACUGUUUUGGUUGACAUCUUGGCCAUCUUUCUGUUAAGUGAUGAAAAAACGCAAAUGCCAAAAUCUUGGUAGAUGUGCCGUAAAUCACUGCUGACAUUUUAGCCUCCACAAUAUUGUGUGAUUAAUAAUAAUAAAUGAAUCUCCACAAUCCAACUUUGGAGGAACUGUUGCUUGCACUUUUCAUUAUAUGUUGUGUAGAUUACAUAUAUUUUAAACUUUGUUGUGUGUGUUGAUAUUGUCACGAUAAAUUAUGUUUAAUUAAUUGUUGCCUAACUACACUGAGUUGCCAGUUUAUGAAGUACACCUACCUGGGUACAUCUAGUGCAAUCCAAUACUACAACCCUGCAAUAAAUUCCAAAUUUCUUGUGUUCUGGUCAUCUGGUUAUGGAGGACGAAUUUACUGAUGUUACUCCAUUGCGUUGCAUUAUACUAAAAUGUGCUUCAAUAUUUGGGUUCCACAAAGUGUGUGACUUUUUUUUUUGAAUGUUACCUAGAUGGUCUACUUAACAUGAGAAAUACAAAUACAACUAGAAAGAGGCUGCUGCCUUGUAGUGGUUUUUAAUGUGGCUUAUGGGGUGCCAUCACCUUAUAUAUUCCGAAAAGAGUGAAGGUAGAAAAAUGUCAUCUUAUCAUAUUUAAUGUAUGAUACUGCCAGACUCCGCUUGCAUUUAAUAUCCUUUAGCUGUAGAGUUGCUACAAGUGAUGAAUGGUGUGCCGGAGACAAAAACGGUUUUGGUAUCUGUCUUCUGUUCACUUUAAUGGAUGAGUUGACCAAAAUCCCCAGGGUCUGAUGUAUUCCUCUAACAAUACGAUGGUUUUAGAGUCCAGUGUUAUAUUUGGUCACAUCCAGUACUCGUGUACUCAAAACUACAAAUAAGAUACAGCUAUUUCUACACACGCUGUACCUUUAUUGAACUAUGCAGUUGAACUAUGUAUUGAAAAUGUUUGUAAUGUGUUGAUAGCUUAAUAUACGCACAUUGGUUUACUCACUUUGCUUAAUAAACUGUAAAGGAAUGGAAA